AUGGAGACGGAGCGUGAUCUCACCGUUCGAGCUGCAAAUAUUAAAACGUUGGGAGAGUUCCUCCCAUGGGACCACGAGUGCGACGAGUACCUCGAUUCUCUGAGAGAAAAAUGUCGCAAGAAACAACGCACCGGACUAAUCAGUUCCUUGGUGGCACAAAUAACACGUCUGGAGGGUGUAAGGAAUACCCUGCAUGAGCGAUUCAUGCCCACCGGUAGUAGAUAUAGAGCGAAGAAAGGAUUCACCUGGAAAGAAAUCGAGACGGCUUUCAGGAAUCGAAUACUAACCGUUGCAGUUAUCAAUUUGGACUGUAUCGAACCGCGUCAAUUUCUGAAACAAAUAAGUACGGUCAUUGAGCGGAUUUACAGCGUCAUGGUGGAACAUGGCAGUGUCAAGAUCAACUCCAUGUUCAACGGGGAAUUCAUCGCAGGUGACAAAACUGCCGUAAAGACUAUCGCCACAAAAAACCGUGAACUAUUUCCCACAUCUGAUCUAAACGAGUGGUACACGAAGUAUGUGGUUGACGCCAUCCUGACGUCUCUGGAGGAAUUUCAAGAACGUGACAGCGGAUGGGCGUUGUCACGUAUCUUGGACCUCACUAUCAACGUCAACGAGUUCAAUCCUCUGCAUGCGGGAUGCCACAUCAAGUUACCGCGGAAAAUUUUACUCAAAAAGGCAGUGGUCAACGUGCAAUCGACGGACAAUGCGUGUUUCGCAUAA